AUGUCAUCACUGAAAGCACUUCUGUCGAUCGGCACCUUUACAGAAGGAGCAAUCGCAAUUAUUUUGAAUUCAGUUAUUGUUGCAAUCAAUGGUAAAAGAGUGAAAACUGGUUUGAAGUGGAACCUGCCUGAGCUCAGCCAGCUGGUCAUGGGAAUAGUGAACAUCACUAUGCGUUGUUCUACGGCGUCUCAGAUAUUAUUCAGCAUUUAUUGGCCCUCAAGCUGUUCCUCCAUUAAAGAACUUUGCUCCACACUCGCCUUUCUACAUCAAUUCCACAUGUGCUUCAGCUUUUGGCUCACCGCCUGUCUCUGUGCCUACUACUGCACCGCCAUCACCAACUCCAACCACCGGCUCUUCCAAUGGAUAAAGAGGACCCUCUCAUCCCACCUGCCUUCUCUGCUCCUCCUCUCAGGGUUGGGGUCACUGCUUCUAACUUUUCCAUUGGCCUUCCAGUUCCAAAUCAUCCCUCAACAGAUAUAUUCAGGAAAUAGCACCUUCAUAGAAUAUGCGUUGUCCUAUAAUCUUCUUUGGGUAGCCAUAACAAGUAUUUUUGACUGUUUUUUGCCUUUUUUCUUUAUUUUUCUCUCAAUGAUCACCACAGUUUUCUCACUCAUAAGACACAUCCGGAAAAUGAAACAUAACCAGUCUGGAUAUGCCCGUCCAAAGCUCCAGGCUCACACCAGUGCUAUAAGGACCAUGCUCCUCUUCCUUACACUGUCAACAGUGUUUUAUGUAUCCGAGACCCUUCUCUACAUAGAACAUUCAUUUGCUGAUCCCACCAUUUACAUUAAGUUGUUGACAGUCACAAUUUUUCCAACGUUGGAGGCCACCAUCAUUAUCCAGGCUAACCCCCAGCUCCGGAAAAUCAUCUCAAAAUGGUUCUGCAGGGUGAAAUCUCAGGAAAACGGUUCUUAG